AUGAAAAUCGCCAUCAUAGGAGGUGGACCUGGGGGUCUUGGUGCUGCUCUUGAGCUGGUCAAGCUGCCUUUUGUGUGCUGGAAUUUAUAUGAAAAAAAGCCACAGAUCAGCGAGACUGGGGGAGGAAUUUCAUUACAGUCGCACACUUGGAGACUUCUCGAGCGCAAUGGAGCAGCCAGAAAUAUCAACGCCACAGACAUUUUUCAAUCUGCAGAAGGGCUGAUAGAGCAGAGGCGUAACGGAAGGAGUGGGGAGCUGCUGAGCAAGAAAUUCAACCCGGACAACAUACCUCUUCAUCACCAAACCUCCCGUCUCGUCCGGGCUAAGCUCCAAUCUGCCCUGUUACAAAAUGCAGAUCAAUCUCGCAUACAUUCGUCUAAGAGGCUUGUUGCGAUGGAACAAUGUCCAGACAGGCGGGUUCGCAUCUUGUUUGACGAUGGGUUUGUGGAUGAAGUCGACUUGGUGAUUGCAGCGGAUGGUAUUCGAUCGGUUGUACGAAAAUUCUGCUUUCCGGAUCACACCCUUCGUUGGAACGGACAAUUCGUGUAUCGAACCAUCGUGAGCCAGGCCGAGGUCAAGAAGAUUAGUGAAAUUCCAUGGGCUCCAGUUUUCUGGAAGAAUACCAGCGGUUUAUAUGUGUAUACAUGCCCACUUGGAGAUGCCGAUUUUGAAGUAACGACUCGCAUUCGGCCACCACAAGAAGGACAGGAACCAGUCAGCUGGGGCCAACCAUUUGACCUCCAUACCAUUUUACACGAGUACAAUGAUUUCUGCCCUCCCAUCAGAAAGCUUUUGUGCCUUGCUGCCAAGGAGAAAACACAAGAGUUUGCUCUGUUUUUCGGUCCUCGUUUGAAGCGCAUUGUAAAUCACGGAAACAUUGCUUUCGUCGGUGAUGCUUCCUAUCCUCUGCAAGGGAACUUUGGGGCCGGGGCUGGAUUUGCGCUGGAAGACGUGUGCACGUUGGCCAAGACACUUUACUGGGCUUGGUCAAGAAAGAGGCCUUUGGUCGACGCACUCGAGCUGUUCAACUCUAUCAGGGUUCCUCAUUACGAGCGCCUUUUCAAAGUUGUGGAAAACUUUGCCUCUAUCAAGGCUGCCCUGAGAGCGGAGGGCCUUCCAAUCGACGAGGAGAUUUCGGAGCGAGUGAAGAGAGUAUCGCUAGCUUCGGAGUCGUGGAUGUACUACUACGAGAUUGACAAGGUGGUCGAUGAAGCUAUUCGCGAAGCAGAAAAUUCUGUCAAAGGUGUCCCCCAAAGCUAG